AUGAUUGCAAGAGCGGCAACUGCACAGGAUGAUAUCACUGGCGACGGAACCACUUCAGUGGUCUUGCUUGUUGGAGAAUUGCUCAAACAAGCUAAUCGACAUAUUUCCGAAGGCCUACAUCCUAGGGUCAUUACUGACGGAUACGAGAUUGCUAAGGAUGAAGCUCUAAAGUUCCUUGAGUCUUUCAAACUUAAGCGAGAUAUCGAUAGAGAGCUCCUGCUAUCAGUAGCACGGACAUCUCUUGCCACAAAGCUCAACCGUACCCUUGCAGAAAAAUUGACACCCGCCAUUGUUGACGCCGUCCUUGCGAUAUACAAGGCCCCAGCUAAACCAGACUUGCAUAUGAUUGAGAUCAUGAAGAUGCAGCACCGCACUGCCUCCGAUACUAAGCUCAUUCGAGGUCUUGCAUUGGAUCACGGAGCGCGUCAUCCUGAUAUGCCCAAGCGAGUAGAAAACGCUUUUAUUCUGACUCUCAAUGUCAGUCUAGAAUAUGAAAAGUCCGAGAUUAACUCCGGAUUUUUCUACUCGACUGCCGAACAGAGGGAUAAGCUUGUGGAAAGCGAGCGCAAAUUUGUUGACGCCAAACUAAAGAAAAUCGUGGACUUGAAGAAGGAGGUCUGUGGAAACGACCCCAAGAAGUCAUUUGUUGUCAUUAAUCAAAAGGGUAUCGACCCCCUGAGUUUGGAUGUCCUGGUGAAGAAUGGCAUUCUUGCUCUGCGCCGAGCAAAGAGGAGAAACAUGGAACGCCUACAACUAGUGUGCGGUGGUACUGCACAAAAUAGUGUUGACGACCUCACACCCGAUGUCCUCGGCUGGGCUGGCCUUGUUUACGAGCAUGAGCUUGGUGAGGAGAAGUACACCUUCAUCGAGGAGGUUAAGGACCCUAAGUCUGUGACUCUUCUUAUCAAAGGUCCAAACCAACACACCAUCACCCAGAUUACGGAAGCAACUCGUGACGGACUACGUUCAGUCUACAACACCAUUGUUGACGGGGCCGUUGUUCCAGGAGCAGGAUCCUUCCAGAUCGCUUGCGCUGAACACCUGAAGUCAGCGGAGUUCCGCAAGACAGUGAAGGGCAAAUCCAAGUUUGGUGUUGACGCCUUUUUGGAGUCACUACUCAUCAUUCCCAAGACUUUGGCUGCUAACUCUGGUCAUGACAUCCAAGAAUCAAUCGCUGUCCUCCAAGACGAACAUUCGGAAGGAAACAUUGCCGGUCUAGACCUUGUCACUGGAAACCCCAUGGAUCCUGUCCAGGAGGGUGUCUUUGAUUCAUUCAGGGUAUUGAGGAAUUGCAUUGCUUCUAGUGCCGGUAUUGCCUCCAACUUGCUUCUGUGUGACGAGUUGCUCAAGGCGAGACAGAUGGGUAAACAAGGCGGUCCACAGGGAAUGGAAGAGUAA